GGAGGUGGGAUGGAGCUGGAGCUGCUAUAGAUCAGAGACGAAGCCGCUCUGACAGAACGCCUCAGUGAGCUUCUCUUACCUCAAGGCAACUUUAUCAUCAACGUCCAGACGAAUUAUAGCUAAUAAACUCUAUUUACCUCGCCAUGGACUGUCGAAAAGAGGGCUGUGCUCAGCCACAAGACGAGGACAUCAUGGACAUCCCACUGGACGACCCGGCUGCUAACAAGGCUGCUGCUAAGAUCCAAGCCGGCUUCCGGGGUCACAUGACCAGGAAGAAGAUGAAGGAUGACAAACCAAGAGAAGAGAAACCAAGGGAAAAGAAGUAGCAGGAGAGGACAUCCGUCGCUGCCCUGACAGUUUUCCACACAUCACGGCAAUAACCAGAGGUCGAAGAGAAACUUUCAGUGUAUAAUAUAUACAAUUGUAAACUUAGAAACUAAGCCUGUGAGCUUUCACUCCUCUGCUUCUGAUAUAGCUCGGACAGUAGUCUGUGGCACACCAUAGCCCCUCAGCAUGUUCUAUACUUUCAGUUUUAUUUCGCUUUCAGUGACUAACAUUUAGGGUAAAGUUCUCUGUUGCAAAAACGCUAACCGUUUUUUAUUUAUUUGUUUGUUUGUUUAUUUAUUUAUUUAUUUAUUGGUGCUCACCCCUGCUUCCCCUUCUGUGUUCUUACAUUAUAGAAGUAUGCAUUUAUUACAUUGCCUUUUCUAGUGUGGCUUUGUUUCUGCCUGUUUAAUAAAAAUGAUUCGGAUUCA